UCAUCGUUCGAAUUCAUUCUAAUGAAUCUUUUAACAGAAAAUAAUGUUUGACCGAUCUGAAAGAAAUCUAAAGCCUCGACGUCUGAAAUUGUGCAUAUAAUUCUUUAUAUGUCUAUGCAUUAUAGAAGAAUACUUGACUUCACUAGAUAACUUUCAGAACGGCUGAAUAAAAAAAAAGAAAAGCUUUUGUAGUGUUCUAUAUAUUUUAAGAAAAAAACAACUAUUCAAUUCAUUUGUUUUUUUUUCUUUAUAAAGAAAAUGAAAAAGAUUCAAAUACUAUUGAUAAUGCAAAUUCACUAACAACAAAUAAAGAUUCAUCAAUAACAUCAAAUACAACAAAUACAGAUAAAGAUAAAAAACUUAAUCGUACACAAUUAGGUGCUUUUGGAAAUAAUCCAUCAAUGAUGAAAUUAUUCGAAUUAAUACGUACAUCAUAUCAAAUACAUAAAAGUUUAUUAAAUUCAUCUGAAAAUGAUCGUUUUGGACAAUUACUUUCAGCAACAUUAAUUAGUAUGAAAUCAGUUUUAAAUCUUGUUUCUAUACAAGAUUUGUCAAAACAUUUGGAAGAAACAAUUAAUUAUCUUAAAUCAACAUUUAGUGUUGACAAAAUAAAAACUAUUCAAUGUACACAAGAGUUUUUACUAAAUCUUCAUCAACUAGCAGCCAAUUCAUCGUCAUCUGCUGAAACAAAAUCUUCAAAUAUUGUUUCACAAAUACCAUUAAAUAAUUCUUUAACUAAUAUUCAUACAAUAACUAUUCGACAACCGAUGAUUUAUUUAUUUGGUUCACGUCAUGCAUCAAGUGUUAACAGUGAUCAAUCAAUAGAAAAUAGUGCAAUACGAGAUUUUUAUUUAACUAAAAAACAACAAAAAACAAUUGAAUAUUUAAAACGUCCACCAAAUCGAAUUGAACGUACAAAAAUAGGCAAUUAUAUUCGUUUAUUUGAACCAAUUGUUAUUCUUAGUCUUAAAAAAUAUGUUAAUUCAAAUGAAAGUGAUUUUCAAGCUGCUGUACUCGACUUACUUGUUCAAUUACUUUUAAUUCGUGUUAAUUAUAGUUUAUUAGAUGCUGAUGAACAUUUUCUUACUCAUAUAAUCAAUCAACUUGAAAUGAUUGAAGAAACUAUAGCAGGUUAUGAUGUUUCAUCAUAUUUUAUUUAUCGUAUUGCUGAAUUUCUUGUUAUGUUAUCACAUGAUACACUUCAUUCGAAACAAGUUAUUAAAGUACAAGAUUUAAUAAAACAUUGUGAUUUAUUAUUAGCAAGUGGACAUGAACCUGAAACACAUGCUUUAUCAGCAUUAGAACCAGUUGUAUAUGAUUUAUUUCUUGUUCGAGUUAAAACAGAUAAUAAAGAAUUAGAAGCACAACGUAUGGUCAUUGUUCAAACAUUACUUAAACUUGUUCGAUAUAAUAAAGUAAUAUGA